AUGCCUUUAGACAAAGUUCUGGUAAUUGAAGCUGGAACAUUAGAUAUGUCUGAGGCGGCUGUCAUGAUCCCCCGAUUCUACCCAGGAGCCGCUGGUUUUGCUCCCGGUACACGAUACGACUGGAAUCUCACUUCUGUCCCACAAGAGUACCUUCAAGGACAAACUGUCAAUCUCACGCAGGGACACGCAAUCGGAGGGAGUAGCACUAGCGAAAGCUUCACUCCUUCACCACCUGACCAUGCUUCACUAUACGGCUUGACGUACGACCCAGCUUGCCAUGGCUUUGAUGGCCCGGUACAUUCAAGCUACCUGGCUUGGUCUCACCCGAACAACACAAACUUCCUUGACGCUAUGCAUGGUCUUGGAAUCAGUUCGCCUGUAGACCAAGGUUGCAACCCCUUGGGCGCUUACCUGACGACACAUUCUAUUGACCCCCGCAAUCAGUCUCGGUCUAGUGCCAGGACCGCGCACUAUGACUUUAUUUCCAAGCGGGCCAACUUACAGUUCGCCGUUGGGCACCAAGUCACCAAAAUCAUACUCGAAACCGUUGGUGAAAGCGUCGUCGCCAAAGGAGUCGAAUUUGUCACCGGACCGGAUGCCCCAGUUGAGCGAGUGAUGGCUGCAAAGGAGGUCAUUCUGUCAGCAGGCGCUCUGAGUUCUCCCAAGACUCUACAGCUAUCUGGUGUUGGACCAGCAUCUCUCCUUUCACGCGUUGGGAUCGACGUCUCAGUCGACCUCCCCGGCGUUGGAGCAAACCUGCAGGAUCACCCGUUCGGACUCACGCUUGCAUCAUUAAGCCAGGGUAUUCCGGGUAACUCUGACCUUGAAAACUCAACUUUUGAUAGUGAGCAGCGGGAUCUCUAUUACGCCGAGAGAAAAGGCAUGUCAACUUCAUAUGAGGGCCGUUGGACAGAUACAAUCGCCGAAGCUCUCGCAUUCAUUCCGCUUCACAACUUCACGACAGCGGACAAGGCCAGUACAAUUCUUUCCGCAAUUAACAGCAACUCAACGCAGUACCUUCCGCAGGGUACCGACUCAACAGUUGUAGCCGGAUAUGAGAAGCAGACCGAACAGAUUAUCUCAAUGCACAAGAUGAACAAGACGGCGGCGAUGGAGCUACUCUAUGUUGACGGAGGUCGCUCGGUGGUCAACAUUUUGAUGCACCCUAUGAGCAGGGGUACCGUAUCGAUUGCAUCAUCCAACCCAUUCGAACAACCAGUCAUUGACCCUCGUUACUUCUCUCACCCAUACGACGGUAGUGUUCUGGUUGAAUCCCUGCGGUUCAACAGAGAACUCCUGGCAGCCGGGCCCGUGAAAGCCUUGGGUGCAACAGAAACGCUUCCAGGAAUAGGUGUGCAGAGCGAUGACGAGAUACUCAACUUCAUCAAGGGAGUGACUUCGACGGAGUACCAUUAUUCUGGCACAUGCUCAAUGCUCCCGAAGGAUUUGGGUGGCGUUGUGGAUUCGGAACUGAGAGUCCAUGGUGUUAUAGGUCUAAGGGUGGUUGAUGCUAGUAUCAUGCCUCUCUUGCCAUCGGCACAUACUCAAGCAACGGUGUACGCCAUUGCAGAAAAGGCGGCAGACAUGAUCAUGAGAAACCAUUGA